AUGCCAUCAUGUAAUAACUCCAUUCCUCAGCCCUUAAUAUUCAUCCUGGCUGGAAUCCCAGGCCUCGAGUCCUCCCACGGCUGGUUCUCUAUAUCCUUUUUCUUGAUAUUUGUAAUAACCAUCAUAGGAAAUAUCACCAUUUUAAACAUCAUUUGGACAGAUAAGACUCUCCAUGAGCCAAUGUUUCUCCUCCUGGCUACACUAUCAGUUGUGGACUUGUGCCUGGUUACAGUCACUGUACCUCGAAUGUUAGGAAUCUUCUGGCUGAAUGCCAAAGAAAUCAGCCUUGAAGCCUGCCUCACACAGAUGUUUUUCAUCCCUUCCUUUUAUGUCAUGGAAUCAGGGAUCCUCUUGGCCAUGGCUUUUGAUAGAUUUGCAGCUAUCUGGUACCCUUUAAGAUACACAACCAUCCUUGACAGCAACAUGCUUGUGAAGAUGGCACUGGCUAUACUGGCAAGGGCGGUGGCAGUGGUUACCCCUGCACCCAUCUUAACUAAAAGGCUGGAACAAUUCCAAACCCAGGUCAUUAGUUAUUCCUACUGCGCCUACAUGGCUGUGGUGAUGAUUGCUUGUGGAGACAUCUCCAACCAUGUUGUCUAUGGCCUCAUGGUUAUUGUAUCAUCUGUGGGGAUUGACCUACUUUUUAUCAUUCUUUCAUAUACCUUGAUCCUUUGUGCUGUCUUUCAUAUUCCAUCUUGGCAAGCAAGGAGCAAAGCUCUCAGUACAUGUGGUUCUCAUCUUUGUGUCAUUGGUCUGUUUUAUUCUCCAGUUGUCUUUUCCGUCUUAUCCCAGAUUUUAGGGUACCACAUGGCUCCCUACUUACAGAUUAUAAUCGACAAUUUGUAUUUCCUGGUGCCUCCUAUGGUUAACCCCUUAGUAUAUGCAGCCCGAACCAAACAGAUGCGAGAGCGGGUGUUGCAGGUACUGAACUGUCAGAGGAAAUGA